UCAAUUUUCAAAACCUUCCAGACGCUAGACCCUUUUCCUGGGUUUUUCCUUUUCCUUUUCCAUUUUUUUAACGAGCCAGAGGAAAACAGUUUCCGUACCGGCAAGAAGGAAGCGUUUUCGGUGCCUCAGAAUCUCGCCAAAUCACAAAGUCAAGGUUUCGUUUGAUUAAUCGAAGCCGAUCGUGUUGAAAUAGAAUGGAGAUUAGCGGAGGAACAGAAGCCUCGAAUCGUGUUCCGUUAUCAGAAGUUGUUUCUGAUUGCGUCAAAAGAUGGUUUAAGGAUACUUUGACAGAGGCCAAGCGUGGGGAUAUCAACAUGCAGGUCUUGGUUGGUCAAAUGUAUUAUAGCGGUUAUGGCAUUCCAAGAGAUGCUCAGAAGGGAAGAAUUUGGAUGACAAAAGCAUCAAGAAGUCGGUCAUCCGUCUGGAAAGUUAGUGAUAAACAUCCAGGUUAUAAUGCUAGCGAUUCGGACUCAGAUGACUUGACUCACGAUUCUUAACUAGAUCAGUGCUGUAUGUCAUGUCGAAACAACCACUGGUCAUGAUUUGCUAUGGUUGUUUGUGCUGUCCAAACUGACCAAACUGUGCAAUUCUUUAAGCUUGUACUCGGCGAAGUGCUUUCCUUGAAAACACUUGAUUUUGUAGGAUGUGCUUUUCACUUGGGGAACUCUACUUGCUCAGCAACAUUCGUAGCUGCGAAGAACAACAUUCGUGCACUUGAAUUUAAACGGAUGUAAUAUGCUUUGAUUUCACCUUUACUCUACAAAGAAUUUGUGGUCAAAUAGGCUAAAUCCUAUAUCCAUUUUUUAUUCUGUUUAGGUUGCCUCUGUUCACUGUCUGCUAGACAUUUUCAAUUGAUUUUUGCAUAAUUAUUAAAUUCUGAACUCUUUUAGUUGCUAAUCAAAUUCUCUUUUAA